AUUAGUAUGCUUCCGUCGUUCAGUCAGCGGUUGUUUUAGCGGUGCGUGCCUCUGUCAAAGUUGUGUUUUUCAUGUUUCCAUUGUAUUUUCCUGUCAAAAGAGUGCAUCCCAACUAGACCAUCAACGGUUUCCUCGCUUGAAUGUUGGUUUCAAAAUAUGAGUUUCUGGCCAUUGCGUCUGCAAAGUGUGGGUCUUUCGUUUUUUUGAACUUAUGUCAAGGUGAGGCUAGUGCCUGCGAUUCGUUCCAGCAAUCCGUAUCCUUUGAAAAUCCGCGCUCACCCCUGCAGCACCCAUCUUUUCGUAUUGUGCAUAAUCCUGAAGUGCUAAGUUAUCCCUAGUUUUCUAGUGCAGAAUUUUCCUCCCCGAGAAAAAAAACAACAAAAUAAACAGGACAGGACGACAAAGGAUCUACUACUCGAUGUACGUAUUCUAGUACUGCGUAGGGUACGCGCGCGGGGAUCCUUGUUCCGUUCAUUUGCUCCACUCCUUGGUAGCUCCACUGUGUCCAGCCUUAAGAGUGGCUUUGUUGAAAGGUGCGCGCGGGGUGUUAAGGUCGUGAACCCUCGUGAAUUUUCAUACAUUCCUCUGAAUUGAUACAGUUUUUUUUCUUUCCCUGACUGACGACCCGUUUUGCAUCUUAUUAAUAGCCAACAAAACAAUCGUCUGGUGCUCGAUUCGCCGUAUGGGACACUGUCUUUCGCGGAAAAGCGCACGGAAAACAUAUCCCUGAAAUUUUUUUCGAAGCAACUCGCCGCUGUUUUGGUGCUUUAUGAAUGUGUUUUAAAAGUUUCCAUUUAGAAGAAGUUAAUGCAUUUCCGAUUCCGGAAAAUUAUCUUAAAUAGUUGUGAAAAAAAGUGCAAUAUUCAAGGAAAAUUCCUAGACAAGUGUUUCUUCAGAUAAAUUUAAAGAUUUCAAAACGGAAAUCUAGCACCAAGUGAAAAUGUGAUUUUGAAUACAAAAGUGUGAUCGCUGCCAAGUGUUGAAUCUCUAAAAGUGCAUAAAGUGCAGUUGCAUGGUCCUCAACACUCUGGAAUACUUGUUUCAUCGAGAGGUUGCCCUAUAGUGAACGAAAUCAGGAUCUGCUGAAGCUGAAAAUAGUUUAAAUUGACUGCACCAAACAAUGCGCCAAUGAAUUUCUGUGAUGGGACCUAAUUUUGUGAGUUAGGCAAAAAAUAGCUUGAACAUUUUCCAAGUGCUGUACAUAUAUAUAUAUUUAAUGAAUGCAAGCUAGCACGAAACGCUUAACACCAAACAAAAGUGAAUUAAACAGUCAUGACACCAACAACAAAGCAUUUUUAAUCCAUUAGAAAAUCCGGUUGAUUCCCAAGUGCUACUAAAUUAUUCACUAAGCCCUGAAUGCACUGGCAUUCACUCCACCCCCUUCUGCCGCUUAGAAUACAGGACAAAUGAAAGUAGCAAUAGAAAUAGCAAUUAAUGGAAAAUUCUGUGAAAAUUCAGUGCGGUAGUGUUCAAUAUUUAAUGGUACUCCAUAUUUAACAUUGAUUAUCGGUUUUGUUGCUAAUUUUCGAAAACUGUGUGGAUCCCGGUCGUUUCGAUAAUCGCGUCCAGCCAGGUAUACGCGGUAUUUUGAUAACGACCUUUGCUCCGUAACGUUUUUCGAAAGUAGCAACACAAUUACGAUAAUUGUUCGGCGCCAAGGUUCAACACAAGUUGCUCUGAUGAUGGGAUACAUCAUGGGGUGUGCUUGUUUUAAAGAGCCCAGAAAAGACAAGACUGAUGCCCCCAACUGGUGGUAAUGGAACAUUAUCACCAAGCACCGAACAAUCAUGUCAGGGAUCCAUAUUGCCUCCACCGGGCGGAGGCUCUACGGAUGCAAUGCAAACAUCGAAGUUGGAACGUCCGAAUUCCCUUGGGCCCAACAAAAUAUCACGCCGAAUGAUAUGCUACCACAAUGAUCAUUAUCCUGAAGGCGGCGGUGGUCCACCAGGUAGUACACCCCCUCCACCUCAAGGUGAUGGUCAACAAUCCCUUCCAGGGCAUAUUUUAUUAUCUGAACUUCCAGAGCCCCCAAUACCACUGUCAGAGAUUGGACCAAUCCCACCGCCACCGAUGUUCUCAACGCCGAGUCCAACGCUGAUAGCUGGUCGACCUCAUGGACCUGGUGCCAUCAAUGAACAGGAUUAUCAAGAUUAUGAAUAUGAUGAUCAAGAUGGCGACCACGAGGAGAUCGACUCAGAUGAUGAGUAUAUUUUCACAAUGCCACAACCAAACCCCGCAAUCGAUACAUGUAGAAUUGAAGAAAUUCCAGCGAAAGAACCCAAGUUUAAUGCAGUUCCUUUAAAAUCGGCGUUAAAAAAGAAACCAGGUACCAAUUCGAGUCCUGGUACACCAACACAAGAGAAUAAUACUAAUUCUCGACCAUUGGUUGUGCGACAAGAAGCUAAUAAUUAUUCAUUAAAGCCCAUCCUUCGACCACGGAUUAGGAUAUGUAUCCCAAAUGACGAUCGAGAGUGAGUCGAAAAUAAUGUU